CAUUCUCCUGGAGCAUAUGACCUGGCUCAGUAGCAGGUGUGGGGUCCCCUGACCACACACCUUUGUGGGGCAGGAUCCCCAGGGAGGGGGUGACAUUCAUAGUGUCUACGUCAUAGUGAUCAAGCAGAGGAAUUUUUCCAAAGCACAGCUUCCCAGACAGCAGAUAUGUAACCUGAUGGGCAAUCAAACUUCUACGGGAACAGACAAAUAAGGAGUAGAGAAUAAUACAGUAUAAAACUUUUUUUUAACGUGCCAUUAAUUACUGAAACAGCAAGGGAGAGUUCUAGUACCUUUUUCUCCUCUGAAGUGUCAAUAGAUUAAGCAGAAUAAACAUUUUCUCUAGUAUUGCUGCAACAUUUUAAAGUACAAAUCUGACAUAUCUAGUUCCAGUGGAUUUUCAUGAAUAACCUCCCAGCAAAUAAAGUGGAAAAAAAGAGUGUAUGCAUUUUUGUUGAGUAAGUUUGUUCCAUUUAUAAGCAACUUCCUGCAUCCUCAAACUUUUGACGAUAUUAACUAGAAGCAGAGCAAGAGGAUCACUUCUUCAAGAGCUGUGACCCACACUGGACAAACGCUCAGUGUUUCAAACUGUGUGUGUGACAUCUUGAGAGGGAGGGAGUGUUAAUUAGGCCGCAGUUCUCUCUUCUCUGGGCUUUGUGAAAUGGCUCCCAAUAGCCACCCCGUUCACCUGCUCCAGUUCCUGUUGAAACCGUUUCCUCUGUGGGUUUUUUUUCUCCAUUCUUCCCAGGGAAAGUAUAGAUUUUCACGAACACAGGGAGUUUUGUUUUCUCUGUUAAAAACAACUCUGCUUUACUGGAGCAGGCUUUAUGUUUCGCCCCAGGAAACAGAGCAUUUCACUCAGAGGUGACUCUCCACUGGGUGAGGUGCAGCCUGUCACCUGACCAGCUCUGGAGCUGCUGGUGGCAUCAGGCUGCAUUCCUUGAAUUCUUCCACCCGGCUCCGAAAUGAACAACUUCAGGUUCACUGAGCUGAGUGGAUUCCACGGGCUGUGCCCUCGCAGUCCGCUGCCGGAUCUCCCGCCCAGUCUCCAGACACACAGCUGAGUAACAGCAAGCGCGCCUGUGAGGAGUGGCACCAGAGAGUGUCAAAGAAGACCUGAACGUCUGGAGAAAAAUGACAUUUCAAGGAAUACGGCGUAUACCUCCUGCUACGUGUUUUUGUCCUAUUAACCUGUGAUGACGGAAACAUACGGCCCUGGGCCUAUAGAAAGUCAAGGAUUACCACAUUCCUCAUCAUGCAUCAACUGUUCAGGCUGGUCUUAGGACAAAAAAAUCUUUCACGAGCUGGAGACCUCUUCUCCUUAGAUGACUCUGAGAUUGAAGACAGCCUGACAGAAGCUUUGGAGCAAAUUAAAAUAAUUAGCUCAUCUUCAGAUUACCAGACCAACAGCAAUGACCAGGCAGUGGUUGAGAUCUGUGUCACGCGAAUCACAACAGCCAUCAGAGAGACAGAAUCGAUUGAAAGGCAUGCCAAAGCCCUGGUGGGGCUCUGGGACUCCUGCUUAGAGCACAACCUGAGACCCUCCGGGAAGGACGAAGACACCCCUCAUGCAAAAAUUGCUUCUGACAUCAUGAGUUGCAUUUUGCAGAAUUACAAUCGGCCCCCUGUGAUGGCAUUAGCCAUCCCCAUCGCAGUGAAAUUCCUCCACAGAGGCAACAAGGAGCUGUGCAGGAACAUGUCCAACUACCUGUCUCUGGUUGCAAUUACCAAGGCAGAUCUCCUGGCCGAUCACACAGAGGUUAUAGUCAAGAGCAUACUCCAAGGUAAUGCCAUGUUGUUGAGGGUGUUACCUGCUGUGUAUGAAAAGCAGCCUCAAGCGAUUAACAGACGCCUGACGGAACUCCUGGCCUUGAUGUCUCGGCUGGAACAACCAGAACAGUACCAUCUUCUACGGCUUUUGCACGUAGCAGCAAAGACAAAGCAACCGGAGAUGGUUCAGAAGUGUAUUCCUUUUCUAAUCGGGCAUUUGCAGGAUUCGACCCAUACUGAUGUCAUCUUGAGCAUCCUCACAGAGAUAGCAGGCUACGCGCCGGAGGCUCUGAACAGUUCCCUUCCGGUGCUGAAGGAGAUGGCUGAGAGACGCCCCUACCUCAUUGGACAAAUGGCAAGAAUCUAUGGAGCUGUUGGGCAUGUAGAUGAAGAGAGAGCCAGGAGCUGCCUGCCAUUCCUGGUGAGUCAGCUGGCCAACAUGGAGCAUUCAUUUCAUCAUAUUCUCCUGCUGGAGAUUAAGAGCAUCACUGAUGCCUUCUCCUCCAUCCUGGGCCCUCAGAGCAGAGACAUCUUUCGCAUGAGCAACAGCUUCACUGCCAUUGCCAAGCUCCUUACCCAACAACUGGAGACUGCCAAGGCCAGAAGUGGCAGGAAAAAAGCCAGUGCUGAAAUCGAAUUCCCUGAAAAGCUGAGAGAAGCAAAGCUCACUAUAGCUGGAAAUGAAGACCAUGAAAAGCUCCAAGUUAAAAUACAGGCUUUUGAAGACAAAAUCAAUGCUGAGAGCAAUACCCCCGGCUCUAUCAGAAGAUAUAGUUUGGGCCACGUUUGUAAGGAAGAAAGAAAAGACAUUAGAUUUAGCAGGUCAAAGAGUUUGGCUUUGCACACGGUGCUAACGAAGGGCAUGAAUUCAGAUGAUGGGGAAGUCGUGGAGAGUGGAGAUACACCAGCCAGCAUCUCUCUUUCAGACUUAGACCCACUUAGCCAAGGAAAUGACAAGUGGUCCUUUAAGGCAGACGCUGAUGGAUCACAGCUGGGAAAUUCUUCAGUUUCACACUCAAGUAGUAUACAUAUAGAAUCAGAGAAUUUGCCAGAACUCGUUAAAGAAAACUACCGGGAAGAAACUCCAGAGGCAACCACAAGUCCUGUAGAAUACCAAGAUAAGCUGUAUUUGCACUUAAAGGAAAACCUCAGUAAAGUGAAAGCAUAUGCUGUGGAAAUCGGAAAGAAGAUUCCCGUCCCUGAUCAGUGUACCAUUGAAGAUUCUGUUAGAAGCUGUGUAGCAAAAUUGUUCUUCACCUGCUCCCUGAAGGGUCAUUACUGUCUAUACAGCAAAUCCAGUUUCAUCCUCAUCAGCCAAGAGCCUCAGCCCUGGAUCCAGAUCAUGUUCCUGUUCCAGCAGAGCCUGUUUCCUGAGCCCCUGUCCAUACAGAGUCGAUCUGUGCAACUUCUCAGGGCUUUGUGGGAGAAGACGCAAGCAGAGGGUGCCCACAGCUUUGAAACAGCCAUGAUGGAGUCCACAUUUCCACAGCAGAAGGCUCUGGACCAGGUACAGCUCCAUCUGGAAGAAGUGAGGUUCUUUGAUGUGUUCGGCUUCAGCGAAGCGGCAGGAGCAUGGCAAUGCUUCAUGUGCAACAACCCUGAAAAAGCGAGCGUUGUAAAUCAAGAUGGCCAGCCUCUCAUAGAAGGAAAACUUAAAGAGAAGCAAGUCAGAUGGAAGUUCAUCAAAAGGUGGAAAACUCGUUAUUUUACGCUGGCUGGAAAUCAACUUCUGUUUCAAAAAGGAAAGUCUAAGGACGACCCUGAUGACUCCCCAAUAGAACUCAGCAAAGUACAGAGUGUGAAAGUGGUGGCCAGGAAACGCAGGGACCGCUCUCUCCCGCGGGCUUUCGAAAUCUUCACAGACAAUAAAACCUAUGUUUUCAAGGCCAAGGAUGAGAAGAAUGCAGAAGAGUGGCUCCAGUGCAUCAAUGUGGCAGUCGCCCAAGCAAAAGAGAGGGAAAGUAGGGAAGUAACCACAUAUCUGUAGGGAUUUGCAAGCCGACCUCACACCAACUAUACAAUGGGCAUUGCACUAUCAUUGCCAAUGUCAAGAAAAAGAGACAAAUUCACUGCCAUGCUGUUUUUUUACUAAAUACCCCGGAACAGUUUUCCCUAAGAAGCAGGACCUAAAUGUGGCAGGAUUCUCCAUACAUUCCAUAUCCUACUGGCAUUUGCAUUAACUCCAGAAGGUCUGUGUGAUGUGCUCAAGAUGAGGAGCUCCAGAUGGUAUGCAGCCAGAAAGUGGAGAUUCAGGGUCCUAGAAACUUCUAUAGAUAUGUCAUUGCACAUUGUAAGAAAACCACUUUAAAAGAUCCUGGAACCACCUGUCCUGAGGGAGAAUAGGCACUUCUGAUGAAGAACAGUCUGUCAAAAAUACUGAAAGGAGAAACACCUACUAGGAAAAGUCUAAUCAGUGGACACUGAGGAGAACCAUACAGCUUACUUAUAGACAUAUGCUAAUUACUUUUAUCCUCUCCUAAUAGGAAUGAGACAAACCCGUGAUAAAACGGCUCUCAGGUUCAGCCAGUUAUGUAACUAAAUGUCUGUCUUUCAGAACUACUUCUCUGAUUAUUCCUUUUAGGUUCAGAUACCAUAAUAUGAUCUAAAGUUUCGAUACUUGGAUAUAUCUCCUGCCCAAGGCAGUAAGUGUAAGAUGGAAUAAGCAUAGAAAAACAUUUUCUCCAUCUUCAAAAUACGUGCCAUUUCCCUUAAACUUUGAGAUUUUAAAAUUCUAUACUUUUCUUCUUCGUAUUCAAUUUUUAAUACAUCUGAAUUACAAACAUUGAUUGGUUUUUGCCAUUACUCAAUUUUUUUAAAUUAAGCUAUGGUAGGCAGAAUUCUAGGAUGACUCUCAAUGACCCACAGCCUGGUAUAACCUAUAACCUCAUUCCCUUGAGUAUAGUGGCUCCUGUAACUUGCUUCUAACUAAUAGAAUAUGGCAAAAGGGAUGGGAUAACCUCUCUCAUGAUUAUGGUACAUUAUAUGGCAAAGGCAGAGAAAUUUUGCAGAUAUAAUUAAGGCCUUUAAUCAGCUCGACUUUGAGUCAAUCAAAAGCAAACGAUUCUGGGUGGGUCUGACCUCAUCAGACGAGCCUGUUAAGAGAGUGAACAAGUCAGAAACUCUCUCCCACUGGCCUUGAAUGAGCAAGCUGCCACGAGUGCUACAGCGUCAAGAAAAUGAACUUUGCCGACACCCAGGGAGUUUGGAAGAGGAUCCUGAGCCUCAGAGGAGAGCCCCGACCCAGCUGAGACCUGGAUUGCAGCUUUGCAAAAGCCUGAGCAGAGGACUGGCUAAGCCAGGCCUGGACUCUUGACGCACGGAGACUCUGAGAUAAUAAAUAUGUGCUGCUUAAGCUGCUAA